ACUAGGUAGUGUCGUUUCUUACUCGUUUGUCUACAUCCGUGAUUCGGAAUAUUCUUUGUCGAUAAUAGUUCCACACUUUUAACAUCUGUGGCCGGUUCAUCUUAAUCCCCUUUUCUCAAUUUUUGAUUUCUACUUCCUUGAACCCGUCCGUAAUUCGGCGGUGACUCAGUGUACACGUAUUCAUUGUAUCUCAUCAACUGAGAUAUCAAGGAUCAUAAAAGAGGCCUUCAAUUCAAAAAUUUAUCCACCAUCCUGUGAGGCUUGAUAUAUACGUCAUCACUAUACUGUGCUUGAACUACCUUGCCCAGUAUGGCGUCUAACAAUAUGAUCAACCCGGCUAUCGACCCGAACGUCGAAGAUGAGCUAUUCGAGAAGGAAAUUGAGGCCGUGAAACAAUGGUGGAGUGACUCAAGAUGGAGAUAUACCAAACGACCCUUCACUGCGGAACAAAUUGUCUCCAAGAGAGGUCACCUCAAAAUCGACUACCCGAGCAAUGCCCAAUCCAAGAAGCUAUGGAGUAUCCUCGAGAAUCGUUUCCAGAACAAGGAUGCCAGCUAUACCUACGGCUGUCUAGAGCCGACAAUGGUCACGCAAAUGGCCAAGUAUCUCGACACUGUCUAUGUUUCUGGCUGGCAAUCAUCAUCAACCGCAUCAUCAUCGGACGAGCCUGGCCCCGAUCUAGCAGAUUACCCCUAUACCACUGUCCCGAACAAGGUUAAGCACCUAUUCAUGGCACAACUCUUCCACGACCGCAAACAACGGCAAGAACGCCUCAGCGUACCCAAAGCCGAGCGUGCUAAGUUAGCCAACAUCGACUACCUCCGACCUAUCAUCGCGGAUGCAGACACGGGCCACGGCGGUCUAACUGCCGUCAUGAAGCUGACAAAACUAUUCAUCGAGCAAGGAGCUGCCGGUAUCCACAUCGAGGACCAAGCACCCGGUACUAAGAAGUGUGGACACAUGGCAGGAAAGGUCCUGGUGCCUAUCAGCGAACACAUCAACCGCCUUGUCGCGAUCCGAGCACAAGCCGACAUCAUGGGCUCAGACUUGGUCGCCGUCGCACGUACCGAUGCAGAAGCUGCCACGCUCAUCACAACGACCAUCGACCCGCGAGACCAUGCCUUCAUCCUCGGAUCUACAAACCCCCAAUUGCAACCUUUGAACGACCUUAUGGUGGCCGCGGAACGCGCGGGUAAGACCGGGGAUCAACUACAAGCGAUUGAGGAUGCCUGGUUGCAACAAGCCAACCUGCGACGCUUCGAUGAGGCUGUCGUAGAUGCUAUUAAUGCGGCGCCCUCGUUGCCGAAUAAGAAGGACCUAAUUAAGCAGUAUACUGAGAAGGCUAAGGGCAAGAGCCAUUCAGAGGCGCGUGCUAUUGCGCACGGUAUUACAGGCGUGGAUAUCUUCUUUGACUGGGAUGCGCCGCGUACGAGAGAGGGGUACUAUAGACUGAAGGGAGGCUGUGAUUGUGCAGUUAACCGCGCUAUUGCGUAUGCACCCUACUGCGAUGCUAUUUGGAUGGAGAGCAAGUUGCCGGAUUAUAAGCAGGCGGUCGAGUUUGCGAAGGGUGUGCAUGCCGUGUGGCCGGAACAGAAAUUGGCAUACAACCUCUCACCCUCCUUCAACUGGAAAGCCGCCAUGCCGCGCGACGAGCAGGAGACCUAUAUCCGCCGAUUAGCAGGGCUAGGUUACUGCUGGCAGUUCAUCACGCUGGCGGGCUUGCACACCACGGCGCUUAUUAGCGACAAAUUCGCUCGCGCGUAUGCUCGUGAUGGUAUGCGUGCCUAUGGAGAACUUGUCCAGGAGCCGGAGAUAGAUGGUGGUGUUGAUGUUGUUAAACACCAGAAAUGGAGCGGUGCGACGUAUGUUGAUGAGUUGCAAAAGAUGGUUACUGGUGGUGUAAGCAGUACUGCGGCGAUGGGGAAGGGCGUUACGGAGGAUCAGUUUCAUUAAGGCGGAUGGGUUGAUGAUUGAUAUGAGGAUGAAAAUUAGUGUAGAUAUAAGUGGUAGC